AAUGCAAGGCGGAUGAUCUCGCCAGCCCGUCGCUCUUAAGCCGGUUCUGCUGACGUCUCGUCGCCGCUUCUGGCGCUGCUGCUCCCGCCGCAGAAAUCCGGAUGGGCGAGUCAUUAUGGACGUACAAGUCGCGCCGCUGAGAUCGUGGGACGAUUUCAUUCCGGGCCACGACCGCUUCGCAGUGCCGGAUUUCAAAGAUAUCUCCAAAUGGAACAACCGGGUGGUCAGCAACCUGCUCUAUUAUCAGACCAACUACCUCGUGGUGGCUGCCACGGUGUUUUCCAUCGUGGGAUUUCUGAAUCCACUGAAAAUGCUGUUUGGCAUGGUUGUAGUGAUCCUGGUCUUCACAGUAUUCGUGUGGGCAUCCCACAACAAAGACUUCAUUCGCAAGUUUAAGAAGCACUACCCUGCUGCAUUUGUCAUAACAAUUAUGGUGUUGAGCUACUUCCUGAUAUCCAUUUUCGGAGGAGUCAUGGUGUUUCUGUUUGGAAUCACGUUUCCCUUGUUCUUGAUGUUUCUUCAUGCGUCCUUGAGGCUGCGAAAUAUAAAGAACAAGAUGGAGAACAAGAUGGAAAGCAUUGGCUUAAAGAAGACUCCCAUGGGCAUUAUCCUGGAUCUUCUUGAACAACAGGAAGAAACCAUCUCCAAAGUAGCUGAUUACCUGGCUAAAGUGAAGGAUUAAAUCUGCAGCCUGCUUGGGGAAUUUGUUCAUUUUGUCCAGCAUCAUUUCUCAGUCUGUGGGUGGAAGUUGAUGCAGACUGAAAAAGUGAAGUAUGGCAAAAUAAAACACCCCGACUCUUCUGGUGUCCUCUGCACAGGGUGGUAGUAACUCAUUUAUAACCUGUUAAAGUGUCUGAGAUACAAAUGCAUUGGGUAAUUCAUAGCGCUCGCUAGUGUGGAAACGUAGAUUUAACUUCUUUCAAACUCUUUUAUCUAUAUGCUAGCGUUCGCCAACUGCAUAUUUUGUGGCAGUGCACUAAAUGCACAGUAUGCUUUUUAUCUUCAAGCAACAUAACUGGUAUGAUACUGCACAUAUCCAAACUACCAUUCUUGAGUGCGAAAACAAAUCCAUUUAGUGUACCUCCUGAUGCACCUUUUGAGUGGGAUGUGGUUUCCCUAUGGAGAAAUAGAGACCUGCAAUUAGAAGUAUGAUGUGUCUAUUUUGUUGUGAGAAAUUUGAAUCUUCCUCCUAUUUAUCAGCUGAAAUCCUUUUUUUCCUGCAUGAGUUGCAAGCUUGCACAGUUAACAACUAGCCAACAUUCCUUCUUUCUGUAUGCAUAUGAAGAAUUGUGCUGUCAGGGACAGAGUUUAUUACAAGAGGAACAUGAUUUUCUGUGCAUGCCCACAUAUAUGUAUUACACAUGCUUUAGUAAUAAUACUUAGUAAUUGUCAGGCUUCAGAACUGCCAUUCAUAAUUCAUAGAAUUAUGAAUCUUAUUGAGUGUAUGACUGGAAAACCAAAUCUCAAAAUUUGUUAAUAUCUCAUAAUGACACCUGAUCUAAAUUUUAUGCAAGAAAAAUAAAUAAUAUUUGAAGUACCACAAA